AAAUUUAAGAGAGAGAGAGAGAGAGAGAGAGAGAGAGAGAGAGAGAGAGAGAGAGAGAGAGGAAUAGCAGUAGUACUAAUAUCAAAUGGUCUGGAGUUUUAGGUUGGUGGGGGCAUGAAGAGUAGUAGCUUUGAGCCUUUUGACCUGUUGCGUUCAAAAACAAUUACACAUAAUACAAACAGCCAAACAGAUCUUCGUCUGUUUCUAUUUAUUCCUUUUUCUUGUCUGAUUCAAAGCUAAGAACCCAAUACAUUAAAAGAAAAUUAGUUUUUUUUUGGAGUAAAUAAAAAGCCUAUUUCGAAGCAGUUCAACCAAUCCUUCUCCUUCAGAUCUUUACCCAAGUUGGUCUCUUUCCUUCUUGUUAGUAGUCCAUGGGAGAGCUGUUUUUGUCUGUUCAAGUUUCAGAUUUGACCAUCUGGGUCGCGAAUUUCGCUCCUCUUCGAUCAUAAAUUAAAGUUGAUUCAAAAGAGAUUUGAUAGCGCUACAAAGAUCUCUUUUUAGAAACAUGUUGAGCAGAUGAAAGUUAGUUUUAUGAGAUGGGCUGUGUAUUGGGUCGACCCGGGUCAUCCGGAUCAGUUUCUGGGUCUAGACACGAAGUUAGUACGAGGAUAGAGUCUAAUCGUAGAGAAGUAAACAACAAUGCGUCCGUGACUAAAACCGAAGCCACAGAGAGCACUAGUGUUGUUGUUGCUUCUGCUGCUGCCGGUGAGGAGGUUAGGAACGAUGAAGCUAUCGCGAAUCACAAGCAAGAGAAUGGAUUUGUUGUGACAGAGACGAAAGAGAAAAGAUCGAAAGGCGAAAGAAAAAGGUCUACUAAGCCUGACCCGAGACGGAGCAACCCGACAAAGAACUUGCUCGGUGAGCAAGUUGCAGCCGGAUGGCCACAGUGGCUGUCUGAAGUCUGCGGGGAAGCUCUAAGCGGAUGGCUUCCACGAAAAGCGGAUUCUUUUGAGAAGAUUGAGAAGAUUGGAUCAGGAACGUAUAGUAAUGUGUACAAAGCGAAAGACUCGUUGACAGGAAACAUCGUGGCAUUAAAGAAAGUGCGGUGCGAUAUCAGGGAACGCGAGAGCUUGAGAUUUAUGGCUAGAGAGAUUCUCAUCUUGAGGAGAUUGGAUCAUCCCAAUGUCAUCAAAUUAGAAGGGUUGGUGACUUCGAGGAUGUCGAAUAGUUUAUACUUGGUUUUCCGUUAUAUGCAUCACGAUUUAGCUGGUCUCGCUGCAAGCCCUGACAUAACAUUCACGGAGCAACAGGUAAAAUGCUAUAUGAAGCAGCUACUCUCAGGGCUGGAGCAUUGCCAUAACAGAGGAGUUCUCCACCGUGAUAUUAAAGGAUCAAACCUUCUUAUAGACGAUGACGGAGUUCUUAGAAUAGGCGAUUUCGGGCUUGCAACGUUUUACGAUGCGAGUAAAAGGCAAGAGAUGACCAACCGGGUCGUUACUCUAUGGUACAGAGCACCGGAGCUUCUUCACGGUGUGGUUGAGUAUAGUGUCGGCGUUGAUUUAUGGAGCGCCGGUUGCAUUUUAGCCGAGUUAUUAGCAGGUAGACCGAUUAUGCCAGGCCGUAACGAGGUGGAUCAGUUGCAUAGGAUAUAUUCGUUAUGCGGACCGCCUUCGGAAGAGUAUUGGAGAAAGAUUAGGCUGCCUUCGAAUCAGAAGCAUGCUCAUCACAAGCCUUUACCCAAGUAUAAACGAAAAGUAAGAGAGGUUUUCAAAUCUUUCUCUCCUCAGGCGCUUUCUCUACUCGAUACGCUUCUUGCGCUUGAUCCCUCUGACCGCCUCACAGCUUCUGAUGCCUUGAUGACUGAUUUCUUCACGACGGAGCCACUUGCAUGUGAACCUUCUGAUCUCCCGAAAUAUCCUCCAACUAAAGAGAUCGAUGCCAAGAAACGAGACGAAGAGUAUCGGAGGCAAAGAGAAGCUCGUAAGGCCCAAGGAGAGAGCGGAAGAAGAAUCAGACCCCGAGAACGAGCUCCAAGAGCAAUGCCUGCUCCUGAAGCCAACGCCGAGAAUCAAUCUAACAUCGAUAGGAUGCGUUUGAUCACGCAUGCGAAUGCGAAGAGCAAGAGUGAGAAGUUUCCUCCACCGCAUCAAGACGGGUCGCUUGGUUUUCCUGUAGGAUCUUCACGGAGACUGGAUCCAUCGGAGAUACCGUUUAGCUCAAACUCAUUCACGUCCUCAUACUCGAAAGAGCCAUUUCAGACUUGGUCAGGCCCUUUGGCUCCCAUUGAAGCCUCUGACUCAACCGCACGGAGGAGGAACGACAUUAACAAGGAGAGAAGAAGAGCUGCUAAGGUUAAAGGGAAACGAAUCGUUGUUUGAGAUUAUUAUUAUUAUUCAUCUGCAAAUUUCAAAAGGUUCCUUUUUGAUAGAUACUUUUGAGAAGAAAAGAAAUGCCGCUUUUUUUUUUGGUGGGUUAUAUGUUUGAUUUGUGUAUUGACAAAAACAUUAAAAUGAGGGAAAUUACAUUCUAUGUAAAUUUUUCAUUUUUACUUUUUGAAUUUCUUAUUUUUAUAUAUAAAAAGAAGAGAAAACUCUGAUGAAAAA